AUGUUUCGGCGUGUGGAAAACACCAUGAAGGCGGACCCGUCGUACCCAGCGGACCUCAAGCAACUCGGCUUCUUCAUCAACGACACAGGUCAUAUACGCAUGAUCGAUGCACCGAAUAGACCUCAUACCUACUGUGUCACCAACAACGAGCGUGUCAAUGAGGUCCGCUGCGAGGCUAUGCACGCUUGCCAGCGGAGGGAAGUUGAAGCACGGCUGUCUCGCCUGGGAAUCAACCGUAUAUAUCUUCCACAGUACACUACAGAGAAGCCCAACGAACCAAGCAUACCUAUCCUUGCUCCUGAGCCUGAGACGCUAAAGACGCGCAAGCAAAUCACUGUACUCAUCAACGACAGUCAACAAGACCCGGGUAUCUUAUCAUACUCUCAACUAUCAAGGGACCUCGGUAUCAAUGGCGGAUCCGUCGUCAACUUUGCCAAGAAGAUGAUCAAGCACUCGAGUACGCACAACACUGACGACGAAGCCACCAUAAUCUUCAAAGACAACUACGAGCUCGAAGACAAAAGUAACGCACCCAGCUUGCUCAUCCUGAACACAUCCCAACUCCUCUACUCUCACAAGCACAAGCAAGCCAUGACUCUCCGCAGCUGGUCCGCAAUGCCACGCAAAUCCAUCGCCCACGACAUGAUCCGCAUCCACUCCUCCAACUCCCUCCCGGGCCACUGCACACCAAAAGAGCAUAUCAAAACCUUUUUCGACGAGAUUCUCUACAACACCACGCGUAUCGCUGCCGACGCAGAGAUCUCCAUCAUCGCAAUUGAAAAUAGUACCGAGGCCCUUGUCUCCGUGUUGGCGGAAGAUUUUGAAAAAUACACGUCCCGCAUCACCGCUAUAGCACUCCUACACUGCACUAUCGACGCCUCGCAAAUCACGCAUCCAGGUCUACGCAACUUCCUGCACCAACUUGCGCGCCAGUGGCGAUUCAACGACGCCACGUCUGACCCGCUGCACUGCACUGAUAUGCCCACAUCCCAGGAUGAGCAUGCAUUCGAUGAUGACGACGACGACGGUAAGACAGAUGUAAAAUGGUGCUCUGGUACCCAAGUCCCAUGUCCCACGUUCGCAGGCGGUAAUGGUGCGUUGGGAGAAGAUGUAUUUGUUGAUGCUGGGGUGCAAGAUGCUGUGUUGGCGUUUUUCGAAGAGGCCAGAAAUGAAGGUGCGCUUCUGGGUGAGAAGACGAGCAAGGGUCACGGUUGGAAGCCGCAGGUUGAAGGGCCGCAGGUAGCUUUUGCGGGGACGAUGGUGGAUAGCGAGUUACUCAAGGCGGCAGGGUUGAUGGAGUGA